GAUGACACUGCAGUCAUACCAGCCCCCAUCUGACUCCCUGAUGUUGGUUCCGAUAUAUUCGAGUGAGAGUGACUGACAGGACCAUGGCUAAUGAAGAACUGGCCUUUCUCAAGGCCCAUCUAGGUCCCUUAAUUUACAGCAAAAUUGUGUGAUCGAUAAACAGCUGAAGAGGCAGGCCUGUACGUGGAGACUCGAGGUGACGUCACGGUGGCAAGGACCAUUCGAGCACCCAGGGGCAGGAGAAAAUUUGAACACCAGACUGAGGAAGAUCUUUGAGUUUUGAAACCUUGGAACUAACCUCUAUGGCCUGGCUUCAAUAUCUGUAAGAUGUCUUCUUUGCUUUUUGCUGAGCUUGCAGCAACAUGCAAUGCCCUGGGGUAUUUUGAUGGCAGCAAAUAUUACAUUGAUACUCACUGCCGGGAAACCAUAAAGGAUCUCAUUCGUUAUUUGCGUCGGGAUGAUGAAAACCAUGAAGUUCGUCGAUAUCUUGGUACAUCGAAAAUUCUUCAAGCAGAUUUGCUACCUAUUUUAAAGGAUUUCUGGGAGAAAGUAGAUUUGUUUGAUGUAAUUUUGAGAUUGCUUGUGAAUCUGAUGACUCCAGCGCUGGUUUUGUAUCGUGAAGAGUUGCCAGCAGAAAAGACAUCACGCAAUUAUUAUCUACAGAUUAUAACACAUUUGCAGUCCUACAAAAUUGCAUUUUGUGAUGUCACUAUUUGGGCAAUAUUUAGCAGGAAACUUGAAGAUAUACUGAAGAUUGAUCCAUUGGAGAGAGAGGAAGAAAAGAAUCUCGUUAUAGAGAGGAUCCUUGUCUUGGUACGGAAUGUGUUGCAAGUCCCAGUCGAUCUUGAAGGUGAGAAGAGGACUGACAAUGAUGCUAGUGUUCAUGAUCAGGUGCUUUGGGCUCUUCAUCAGUCUGGGAUAUCUGACCUGUUCUUGUACAUAGCCUCUUCUGAGAAUGAGCAGCUAUAUUACAUGCAUGUUUUAGAGAUUGUGUCAUUGAUGCUUCGAGAGCAAAACCCAGAACAGUUGGCUGAUACAGCUGUCGCUAGAAGUGUGGAAGAGAAGGAACGGGAUGAGGUGGAACUGGUAGUGAUCAGACAGGAAGAGAUUUUCCAGAGGCAGGCAAAAGUGAAAAAGUUUACAGGAGCCAGGCAUUCACGAUUUGGAGGUACAUAUGUUCUGAAGGACAUGAAGUCUGUCAGUGACAGUGAUAUUAUUUACCACAAGCCUUUGAACAGAUUAAAUUCUCUGAAUUUUGACCUAGAUAAGACUAGGCAGAGAAAACCAAAGAACCGUCUCCCUAUGAAAGGUGGGGGGUUACAGCGGAGAUCUGCGUUUAGUGUUCGACUGUUGCUCAAGGAGUUCUGUGUGGAGUUCCUGAAUGGAGUCUACAACACAUUGAUGUAUCAUGUGAAGGAUGGACUGGUUCGAGCAAAAGUACAUGCUAAUGAUGAAUCAUACUAUCUGUGGGCUAUGAAGUUUUUUAUGGAAUUCAACAGGAAAUACAAAUUCCAAGUUAAACUUGUCAGUGAAACCAUAUCAGUUCAAACAUUCCACUUUGUUCAGACUCAGCUUGAGAAUUGCUACGACAUGUUAACUUCUGACAAGAAGAAGACACUACUGUGGUCACGAAGGAUGCAUCUCGCUCUCAGGGCUUAUCAGGAAUUGCUGAUGACAUUGACAGCUAUGGACAAAUCUGACAACUCAACAGUACGGGAAUCAUCAAAAGUCAUCAAGAACAACAUUUUCUAUGUAGUUGAAUAUCGGGAGCUGAUUCUGAUGUUGCUUCUCAAUUUUGAUGAGGUUAAGUUCACAAAGUCCUACUUGAAGGAUCUCAUAGAAACAGCUCACAUCUUUUUGAAAUUACUGGAACAUUUCAGUUCAAAUCGUAGCAUUGUUGUCCAGAAACGCACCGUUUCUAGAAAAUACAAGAAGAAAAAAUCAAAAGCGAUACCCCAGGAAUCAGCACACCGUCGAAGUACUGAAGAGCUGUGGGAUGAAUUUGGACCACAGAUUUCUGCUGUACUUCAGAAUGAUGUGAAUGUUCCAAGUGAUGUCAUACCUUUCGAUGCAGCUUCUGACAGAGACAUGGAUGUGCAAAAGGUUGACGCCAUGUGUAAGAUUCAGACACUUCUUCGUAAUCAAGCGUUUGAGGAAGCAGUAGGUCUACUUCGUUCCUCAAGGGAGGUUUGGCCAGAAAAUGAUAGCUUUGGCAGCGCAGGCUCGUCAUCUGAAGAAGAAUUCGUAGCAUUAAGAGAGAUCUUCAUGGCUGACAUCCAAAAUGCAGAGCAUGAAAAUGAAGAUGAUGAAGAUGAAGAAGAUGAAGAAGAACAACAAGUUUCUAACAUCUCCGUUGGAGAACAAGAUUUCAAUUUUAUGGAUUUUGCUAGAAGGUGUGCUCAUUAUCGAGUUGUGCAAGCCUGCAGCCUACUAUUGAAGCAGUUUGAUAAAAAUUUAACCCACACUAAUCACUGCAUCGCGAAGAUGUUGCACAGGAUAGCGUGGGAUUGCAAACUGCCAGCCUUGCUAUUCCAGGCAUCCCUCUUUCGUACAUUCCAGCGUAUUCUUGAUUCUAAACAGGAGAAGCAUAAGGAACUGGCCAAAUUUGCAGUUUUUGUUGUGUACAAAUUCACAGAAGUAGCCAGUACUAAUAGCAAGGUUUACUUGGAGCUGCUGUUUUGGAAGACAUCUCGGGAUGCUUAUGACAUUGAGCAAGGCUAUGGCAGUUACCAGGAGAAGACACAUUCAGCGAAACAAGCGUGGGGUGAAGAUGAAGAAGAGGAGCUUCGUCGCUUAUAUCAGGAAUUCACAAACAAGGCAGAACAGGACGGCUCUGGCGGUGGAACAGAUGUGGUGGCUUGGAUCCUCCAGCACCUAAUAAAUGACUCUCGAUCUCAUCGAAGUGUGAGCAAGAAGUUGCGUGAGUUAGGCUAUAAUGUGGUAACUAAGAGUCGUUGCAAGCCUAGAAAUUUCCAACGAUCAGAAGUAUGGGCAGAUGAAGAAGAGGAACAGCUUAAAGAACUUUAUGAACAGUUCAAGAUUAGUAAUGAUCCGCUCCGCUGCAUCAUUGAUCGCCUCAAAAUCUGUCGAUCCAAACCGCAAAUCACUGACAAACUACUGCAAAUGGGUGUGAUCCAAGACAGAAAAGAGUUGAGGAAGAAACAAGUUAAGAAAUCAAUUACUUCUUUCUCUGUUCAGGAAUCUGCUGCAAGUCAUGAACCUGAUUCAGACAACAGUGAAAUGGAAAAUGAAAAUACUGAUUUGGAUGGAGGUGGUGCAAAUAGAACAUCUUCCAAGGUUAUACAUCUCCAACAGCGAGGAAACAGCAAGAAAAGAAUGAAAAAUGCAAGACCCAACUCACAUUCAUCUGCUGACCUGAUCUGCUCCCUUAAUGAAGUCAUUACUGCAGGAAUGACAGAGGCUGUUUGCUGGGUGUCGUCAUCACUGGAAGAGGUGGCUGUUGACAGGGAGGCAGACGGUAAUGAGGAGCCUGUGCCUUUGGUGCCCCUUGGUGAGGAGUUGGCUGCCAUGGAACAACCACAGUUUCUCAAACUGCUGACUGCCCUUGACUUAGUCCCUCCUUCAAACGAACAGGAGAUGUAUUGGCGUAUUCCAGGAAAUCUUACAUCUCAAGAUCUGAGGAAGAUGCUAGCUGUCGUUAAUCAAGCUAUGGAUGGUAGCUUAGUAGCCCAAGAUAAUGGUGAGAGACUUGUGGAGAAUACCAAAAAUGGUCGGCAUAAUGACACCGAUGGGAACCUGAACACUUCAAAUAGUACAUCCUCUAGAGGGUCAGACAUUUCAAACAGUCACACAUUGAAAAAGAAGGGACAUAAUACAAAAAAGUAUAACAAUUCUGAAUCUCAUAAUCUAAAUCUUGGAGGAUAUGUGAGAAAGAACACAGGUGAAUAUCCAGAUCCAGAAAGCAGCUUCUCCAGUGGACUUGCCAGAAAUAAAGUAAGAAAUGUCAUAUUUGACUCUGAUUCUCAACCAGAAGAAGUAAGCCUUGGCUCGCUAUUUCAGAAAGAUGACAUUUCUGGCACAAAAAGGAGUGAAACACAUGGCAGUUCAAAUAGAAUUAUAAAGAAUAAACUCAGGAGUAUUGUAUCGGAUUCUGAUUCUGAAAAUGAAGCGAUUGUAGCCAGAGCACAAAAGACUUCAGAUUCCAGCAAAGUGUCUAAUUCAAUGGACAUUAAUAAACGACCUUUGGAUGAAGAAAUAAGCAGUAACACUGAUGUGCAGAAACGACGCAGACUUACUUUGAUUGAUGACAGACAGGACUGACUGCAAAGACCCAGGAGUUCCUGUAGGUAAUUAAUCUUUCUACAAAUACAGGAAGGUGGGAGGAUAUUAAUUCUUAAGAAUGCAGGUCCAGUGUGUGAUAUUGCAAGUGUUAUUUAAACUGAUUGUACAUUACGUUCUUACUACAGCUCACUUUACUUAUUACAAUAUCUCAAUAAUUCAGAAAAA